AAACAAUUAUGCUUUACUGCAAUUUUCUUUUUGCCUAACUUUGAUUUUUGAUUAUAAGUAUUGAAUUUAAUCCUCUUAUUUUGUCUUCUAACUUGUGUACUUUGCUCUUCUGUACUUAGUUAUCAUCGCCCUUUAGCUUAGCUCUUUCCGCCAUUAUCAACAAUGCAAGCUCUUCAAGCUCCUACCCUUCGAGCUUCCCCAUUAAACCCUCUCAAAAAACCCAACCCAAAUCCCCAUUUUCGCUAUGUAUUCACUCUCCCACAUCGGCCAACCAAGAGAUUCACUUCCAUCACCGCUUCAUCCACCACCGUUUCGGCUCCCAAGCGGGAGAAGGACCCAAAAAAACGGGUCGUUGUUACGGGUAUGGGCUUGGUAUCCGUUUUUGGGAACGACGUUGAUGUUUAUUACGAUAAAUUGUUGUCUGGGGAAAGUGGGAUUGGACUCAUCGACCGGUUCGAUGCUUCCAAGUUUCCGACUCGGUUCGCCGGUCAGAUCCGGGGGUUUACUUCUGAAGGGUAUAUUGAUGGAAAGAACGAUAGGCGACUCGAUGAUUGCUUGAGGUAUUGCAUUGUUGCUGGUAAGAAGGCACUUGAAGAUGCUGAUCUUGGGGGUGAUAAAUUAUCUAAGAUUGAUAAAGAGCGAACCGGAGUGCUUGUUGGAACUGGUAUGGGCGGUCUUACUGUGUUCUCUGAUGGUGUUCAAAAUCUAAUAGAGAAGGGUCAUAGAAAAAUAACACCAUUUUUCAUUCCUUAUGCUAUAACAAACAUGGGAUCUGCCUUGCUUGCAAUUGAGCUUGGUUUCAUGGGUCCCAAUUAUUCGAUUUCUACCGCUUGUGCAACGUCCAAUUAUUGCUUCUAUGCUGCUGCCAAUCACAUCCGUCGAGGUGAGGCUGAUUUGAUGAUUGCUGGUGGAACUGAAGCUGCAAUUAUUCCUAUUGGGUUGGGGGGUUUUGUCGCCUGUAGGGCAUUGUCUCAAAGAAACGAAGAUCCACAAACUGCUUCAAGGCCAUGGGACAAAGAGCGGGAUGGCUUUGUUAUGGGUGAAGGUGCUGGAGUAUUGGUGAUGGAAAGCUUGGAACAUGCAAUGAAAAGAGGUGCACCAAUUAUCGCCGAGUACUUAGGUGGAGCUGUUAAUUGUGAUGCUUAUCAUAUGACUGAUCCAAGAGCCGACGGUCUCGGGGUGUCUUCAUGCAUCGAGAGAAGCCUUGAAGAUGCCGGUGUGUCCCCUGAGGAGGUUAAUUACAUCAAUGCACACGCGACUUCAACUCUUGCUGGUGACCUGGCCGAGAUAAACGCUAUUAAGAAGGUAUUCAAGAAUACAUCAGAGAUCAAAAUCAAUGCAACAAAGUCUAUGAUCGGCCAUUGUCUGGGUGCAGCAGGUGGUUUAGAAGCCAUUGCCACUGUGAAAGCCAUUACAACAGGAUGGGUUCAUCCAACCAUUAAUCAAUUUAAUCCAGAGCCUUCAGUUGAGUUCGACACUGUUGCCAAUGAAAAGCAGCAGCAUGAGGUUAACGUUGCAAUAUCGAAUUCUUUCGGAUUUGGUGGACACAACUCUGUGGUGGCAUUUUCUGCAUUCAAGCCAUGAAAGUUUCAUCAUUUAUUAGGGAAAAGAUAGAAUCUUUGUUCAUUACAGCUGAGGGACUGCUUCAAUCUUUGUAACAUUUCAUGAGAGCCAUUUUUUCAUCAUUAGUUUUGUUAUAAUUUUGACUUGGAUAUUAGCUACCCUAAGAAAAUUGUGAACCCCUAUUUAAAUUAGUUGAUUUAUGAGGGUAAUGAUUUUAUUGAAGUCAGAA